CGCAGUCAAAGUCCGUAAACACGAAAACUUGACCAUAGCCGCCAUGCCAGCGCCGGCAUGGCGGCGAUUCUCUCUGCCUUCCGGCGACCGCCUAACUCUUACCGCUUCCCAUGCCCGCUAAACUCCUCCAAGUUCACCGCUUCCUCCUUCCCAGAUGUCUCCAUGCCCGACAGUGGCGGAGCCGGCGGCGAUACCAUCGACCGCGUCAUCUCCCUCCUCCCAGCCGCCGCCCACUCUUCCCACCUCCACCAAAUCCAUGCACUCAUUAUAUCCGCAGGACUUCACCACUCGCCCUUCGUCGCGGCCAAAUUCCUCCUCGCCGCUCCCGCUGCGCACCAACUCCCGCACGCCCGCCGGGUGUUCGACGAGAUGCCCCACCGAAAGGACGUCCUCCUCUUCAACGCUAUCAUCCGCCUCUGCUCCUACCACAACGCUUUCCGAGACGCUCUGCAUUUAUUUGCCGAGAUGAUUCGCUCCGGCGUCAUCCCCGAUGCCUUCACCAUGCCUCCGGUGCUUAAGGCCUGCGCUGCACUCCCGUCCCUCGCCGCCGGCCGCGCCGCCCACGCUCAGGUGCUAUCUCUCGGCUUCGAUUCCGACGUAUUCGUCCAGAACGGCCUCAUCUCCAUGUACGCCAAGUGCGGCGACAUCGCCUCCGCCCGUGCCACAUUUGAUCUGCUAAGUGUUCGAAAUGUGAUCUCUUGGACUUCGAUACUCUCAGGUUGCACUCAGAAUGGAUUCCCACUUGAGGCCCUUAAGGUGUUCGACAGAAUGCGAAGAGAAUCGAAUGCUCCUCCGGACUUCAUAGUUAUCGUUAGUGUCCUAAAGGCUUACAUGGAUGUGGGUGACCUGGAGCUCGGAAGGUCUGUCCAUGGUUUGGUGAUCAAAAGUGGGUUUGAAGAUGAACACGACCUGAUCAUUUCUCUCGCCGCAAUGUAUGCGAAAUGUGGGGAAGUUCUCGUUGCGAGGUUGUUGUUUGACAGUGUUCGAUCGACUGAUAUCAUCAUGUGGAACGUGAUGAUCUCUGGUUAUGCCAAAAAUGGUCAUGCUGCUGAAGCCUUCCAGCUCUUCCGCGAGAUGGUCUCAAGAGAAAUCAAGCCCGAUUCGAUAUCGCUUGGAUCGGCGAUCUUGGCUUGUGCACAGGUGGGAUCUCUAGAGCUGGCAAAGUGGAUGGAGGACUACACGAACAGCACUGAGUUCAAAGAUGACAUUUUUGUGAACACUGCCAUGAUCGACAUGUAUGCUAAAUGUGGAAGCAUAGCUCACGCCCUCAGGAUGUUCGAGCAUGUAGUCGACAAGGAUGUAGUUGUUUGGAGUACCAUUAUAAAGGGUUACGGAUUGCACGGCUGUGGGCAUGUAGCUAUCAGGUUCUUCAAUGAGAUGAAGCAUUCCGGAGUGAAGCCAAAUGAUGUUACAUUUAUAGGAUUGCUAUCGGCUUGCAAUCAUGCUGGGCUUGUGGAGGAGGGUUGGGGUUAUUUCCACUCCAUGAGAAGCCAUGGGAUUGAACCUCGACAUCAACAUUAUGCAUGUGUUGUCGAUCUCAUUUCUCGUGCUGGGAAGCUCGAGCAAGCGUUUGAAUUCAUCAAGGGAAUGCCGAUGGAACCCGAACUGACGGUGUGGGGUGCAUUGUUGAAUGCGUGUAAGAUCCACGGGAAUGUGAGGUUGGGGGAGUAUGCAGCCAAACAUGUUUUUGCUCUAGAGCCUCUCAAUGCUGGGCACUAUGUGAAGCUCUCCAACAUCUAUGCCUCUGCGGGCAUGUGGAGCGAUGUUGCCAAGGUCCGGGUGCUGAUGAAACAGAGGGGUGUGGUUAAGGCGAUUGGGUGCAGCACCAUUGAUCUAAAAGGCGAGCUCCAUUCGUUCCGUGCUGGGGACAGGUCGCACCCGAGAAUGAAUGAUAUACUUGCGAUGCUCGGUGAAAUGGAGAGGAAGUUGAAGGAGUCUGGAUUUGUUCCUCACUUGACUUCUGACUUGCAUGACUUGAACAUGGAAGAGAAGGAAGUUUCUUUGUACCAUCACAGCGAGAUGAUUGCGAUCGCAUUUGGUCUCAUAACAACCGAUCCUGGAUCAACGAUCAUGAUCAUGAAGAACCUUCGCUCUUGCAUGAAUUGUCAUUCUGCUACGAAGCUCAUAUCUAAACUGACAGCGAGAGAGAUAGUUGUUAGGGAUAUCAACAGGUUUCAUCAUUUCAAGAAUGGCCUUUGUUCUUGCAGGGACUACUGGUGAAGCCUGAAACAAUGACAAUGAAGAGCUCAUUCAAACUGUUAAGCAAAUAGCUGCAGCAGCGGGCUCUGCCCAGGAUUCAAACAAUUCGAAACUAAAUUUUUUCUCAAAGGAUAAGUGCUUCUCUCUAAUGAUCUGAGUGCAAAUUUCAAUCCAAGAUAUAACAAGUGUGCUGAUUGCCCUGGCUUUACUUUCUC